UUUUUUUUUUUUUUUCCCUACUGCUCUCACUGCAUCUUUUACUCGCGUCUCUGCCGUGCAAGUGCCACAUCCCGCUACCAGCAGCAGCCGCCGCCGCCGAUAACUAAUCGCAGUUUCAAUGCUUAUUUCGCAUUAAAGGGGGCUAAUAAAAAAAAAAAAAAAAAAAAAUCCGUGCCAGACAUGGGUGAGAACAUCAUGCUUUUCUUGAAGAUGUCAGUCCAGCAAACCAAUAGGCUUGUGACGACGAUGCCCAGUCGAAGAUCCUGGGAUUGAGACGUGAAUCCCUUUACACUGAUGGCCUGGACUGAGUUUCAGCUGGCCUGCUGAAGCUAUGGGGAGCUGUUGGAGCUGUCUGUACAGAGACCCCAUCCGAGACAACCAUCUCACCAAAUUUAAGGUCACCAAUGUGGACGAUGAGGGCAACGAGCUGGGCUCUGGGAUCAUGGAGCUCACCCAGACCGAGCUCAUUCUUCACACACGUAAGAGGGACGCCAUCCGGUGGCCGUAUCUCUGCCUGCGACGCUACGGCUACGACUCAAACCUGUUUUCCUUUGAGAGCGGUCGUCGCUGUCAGACUGGGCAGGGAAUCUUUGCAUUUAAAUGCUCCCGAGCAGAAGAGAUCUUCAAUCUGCUUCAGGAGCUGAUGCAAUGUAACAGCAUCAACGUGGUGGAAGAGUCGAUGAUGAUGAGUCGCAGUGGUCACACACCAGAGAUGGAGAUGUCUCGCACACCACAGACUCCCAACACUCCAGCGUUCCCUGUCCAGGCUUUCCCCAAUGGAUACCCUGGUUAUCCAAUCAGAGGUGAUUCCUCUCAACCCUCUCUUGCUGAUGAUCGUGGACAUAGCCUCAUGGGUUUGGAAGACCAGACCCACACCUAUGUAAAUACUGUUAGUAUGGAGGGGGAUCUCUCUAUGCGUCACUGUGUGCACUCCCUGCCCGAGGUGCGGCCCAGCACUUUCCCUGAAACUACGCGGGGAGCCAUGCCCGUCGGGGGCCAAGGAAAUCCGCAGUCCAACCUGCGGUGCUGUCCCCUGGAGGAGCAUAAUGAUCCUCAGGUGUUUUUACAGCCGUCCUCGCAGGAGGUCAAAUUCAUGCUGGGCCCCACUCCAGCACAGCGCCAUCUGCUGGAGAGAGAGAGGGAGAGAGAGAGGGAGAGGCACGGGCACAAUCCUCACAACCUUCAGCCAGUAGAGGGUGCAACAGGCUCAGAGACGGAGGGAGACGAGCCCUCCAUGCACCUGUGCAACUCUCACUCCUAUCACCAUUUUCAUCAUCACACGCACCGGCACCCGGGGCUCGAGCACCCGGACAGCUGCCAGAGCGGCGAACUCACGUACGAGAACAUCAACGGUCUGAGGAGCGGCCGGAAGCAGCGGCUGAGUCCCAGCAGUGUGUCGCAGUCUGUGGGUUCGAGCAGCAGCAGCAGCACCGGGGACAGUCACUCCCACUCCCUCCUGCACCCGCACGCCCACGGCCCCUCCUCUCUACCCCCGCAGGGCUACGGCUGCGAGAGGGGCAUGGGCGGAGGUCAUCGUCGGACAGCUCUGCUCAACUACGAGAAUCUGCCCUCUCUGCCGCCUGUGUGGGAGUACGGCGCUCUGCAGCGGGAUGAUGAACAGGAUGAAGAAGACGAUGAACAGGAUGAGGAUGAAUACGAAGAAGAGGAGGAAGACUUUGAUGAGUAUGAGUUCUCAGAAGGCCCUGGGACGCCCAACGGGUACCACCAGGAUGGCCGGGGCAUACACAGAGAUGCCCUGCAGAACUAUGUCAACACAGAGCAGGUCCAGCCGCCCCGGCUCCGACACGCCUGCCCGCCGCAUUCACGGCCAUGUCAGCCAGACAGAGGGGGGCGAAUAUUUAGUUUUGAUUUCCGCAGACGAUCGAGGUCAGGGGUUGGAGGCUGUGAGCACGGCCACAUGCCUCCAUCGCGGCAGCUGAAUUAUAUCCAGGUGGACCUAGAGGGAGAACCUCCCUGCCAAGCCCUCAGCAGUGGGGGUGCCCAGACCCAGCCACAGCACCAGCGCCUACCACCCAAAAAAUGUGGCCCCCAGGCACCCCGGCGCAGUGAAUGCUACGCAGUCAUUGACCUAAAGAAGACCGCUGCCAUGUCCAACCUGCAGAAAGCUCUGCCCAGGGAUGAUGGAACUUCCAGAAAGACUCGCCACAACAGCACAGACCUGCCUCUGUAAACGGUGUUCAAACUGAAGAGGAGCGAUGAAGACAGAUGAAGGCUUAUCCUCAUCUUAGCACACUGGACCCUUCACUGUCAUCCAUCCAUUCAACUGUCGGGCUGACUAAUACAGUACAGGUACCUAAUUAGAAACUUACUGAAACCUAUCUGUGCAUAUAAAAGGAAAUGAGAAAUCUCUGAGGAGAAUUUGCCAUUUUAUUCUGUGUUAUUUAUUAGAUAUGUGGUGUGAAUCCCUCUCGAGAAAUUGGCAGUUUUUACUGCAAAUACUUUGCUGGAUAUAUGGAUAUUUAUAUAUAAGCAUAGAAUCAUAUUUAUAUGUAUGAUUUUAUGCUUAGCUAUGACUUAGAGCAGAGACCUCAUUGGAAGCAGUCAUUGCCAUACUGUAUUAGCAAAUUCUAAUUCAUAAACCCAUCUCCACUCUCAAAUAUUAUUGUUCCUAUCAUUUACUUAUUUUACAUCCAUGUGGGUUUUUAUGGAAAUACUACGAGAGUCAAAAAUGUGACUCUCAUUACAGAAGAAGUAGAGCAGUUGUUGGCAUGAAGGUUAAUGGUUCCUCCAAGAUACUGGCCAAUAUUCAUACCUCAUCACAAGCAUCUAAGUCUAAUAUUGUGGCUAGUUGAAGAGACCAUUAUUUAUUAUUUUAUUAUGCCUAUAGAGCAUUUUGCACACAAUCCUAUGGAAUUGUAUUUUAUCAUAUGCUAGGAAUGGUGUCGUCCAAUCCAACAAGAACUAAAUGAACAGAAGAGAUGGUGAUAUUUGGAGAAUUAUACUAAACUGAAUGACCGUAAAAGUAGCACACAUGGAUUAAAACGAGCUUUCAGCUCCCACCUGUCCACAUGCAGCAAAUGAAAAAAGUAGCAUAUCAUCAUUGAUCAUACCUCCUGCACAUCAUCCCAGAACUGCAGGAAGUCCACGUGGUUUACGCUUGUCACAUUGCACUUUUAACCCUGGGCCACUGAAGCGCUCUUUGUCUCUACUCCCACUCCACUGGAGCCACAGGUUCGACCGCGUCCUUUUACCAAAAGCAGGGGCCAAAUAUUUCAAUCUUAGUCAGCAUUGUAGAUAGGAUUUAUUUACAUAUUUUGAAAGAGACAUCAACAACCUCAAAUAGUGGCAUUAAGCUAUAACCUCACAUGAAAUGUGCUGAAUCUAUAAUUUGUUAGUAAUCAGGUGUGAAUGGUCUGUGUUAAAGGGUAAAUCAAGUAUGUCACCAAGUCAUGCAGUGAAGACUUAUGUGAGGCUAUUUAUCGACCUUCUUAAUCAGAUAUUUAUUUAUUUAUUUCAUAAAUUAUUCAUUCUUUUUUUUUUUUUUUAAUAAUUUCUGUUUUCCAUGUGAUGACCAGCGUUUUGUAAUCCAGUUGGUAAUACAGAGACCAAAGUUUCACCUCAAAUUAUCACUGGACACUGGUGUGUUACUGUUAUAACUGUGCUUAAUUAUAUUUCAGAAAAAGAAAGACUGUAUUUAUAUUUUAAGUGCCAAAACUUAAUUGCAAAUUGUAUGAUGAAUGAACUCAAACGUGCCAAUAGGAUUCGUAGAAAGACUAGAGACAGAGAGGCAUACAGCGAUAACAGUCGGGAGACAAACUUUUAAAAACAAAAAA